GAAUUCCAUCUCUGUCGAUUUUCCCGUUCACUUAUCCGGUGUCAAUAAAACAGGUACCAGUAUUAUAUAUUGGAUUAAUUUAACUGACUCAAUCGAUUAAUCUUGCGUCUAGACGAAAGAAGUGAGUGAAGCUAUUCCUUCAUUCUUAUAUUCGUUCAUUCCCUUAUUUAGUGUAUUCUGUUAUUCCAUUCGCCAUUAUUGCUAUCUUUAUCUCGUGAAGUCGUGACACGUUCUGCCGUGAUCGUGAGACAAAAUUCUUCGCAAGCUGCUUCAUUGUUUGACUCCAGUACAUAAUUUUCUUAGAAAAUCACGUCCUAAAUUGGCUUUAUUGUACGUUUAGAUAUCUAAGAAACAAAAGGAGAAAAAGAUAUACAAAAUAGAACAAAAUCUGAAUUGUUAACUUGUUAAAACUUACGUGAGAUGCUUAAGAAAAAUCAUAAAUUAUAUUGCUGAAAUUACAUUCAUGGAAUAAUUUGGAUUAUAUAUUUUAUAUAACUAAGAGAAAAGCGAAAUAUUAUUCAUGUGUAUAUUUAUCCACAUUCCUAUUUAUAUAAUUAUUUGUGCAGAUAAGUAUAUUUUUUGAUACUGUAUAUUGGAUUUCAGUUGUAACAUUCUUCCCACCAUUGUUUCCAAGCAUAGAUAUAUAGACUCAGGAGUUGUUGUUUUUUUAGCCCUAAAUCAACUCUGAUCGAAUAGGCCUAUGAUUAAACGCAUUCCCGCAUGCAGGAAACAUUAAACAACCUUUGAGGGUGUCAUUUGAAAGAUUCGACUGCUAUUUCUAGUAGGUUGAAUGACCACAUUAGCGGCUCUUAGUCGUUGCUGAGUGGCGUGAAAAUGACUUUGCAGGACAAUAAUACUAUGAGAAAGUUAUUUUUCAGGGUAAAUCGACAGAUUUUUUUCGUCUGUAGAUCUAGAUCCAACUAAAUGUCAUGCAACUAUUCGACCCAACUCUGAUCUUUCUUCUAUUCAACAACCAACCAUCCGGACCUCAACUGAGUUGAACCGUCACAGAUGAAAUUACUCUUUCUCUCUCUUCCUCUUUUUCUCUCUCUGAGGUCAGCUUUGAUUGCUUUUGUUUAUAUUUUAUUAUUCUUAAUUUGUAUAAUUCCACUAAAAAUCACGCCACAGAAUUUCAAGUUAGUAAUAUUAGAUAUUAAAUCUCGACAGUAUCUUACAUAAACUCAGCAACAAUUUCGUGAUUAUGUUAACAUACUACAAAUAGAAAGUAAUUUAUUUUUCUCAAUAAAUAGUGCGAUAGUGUAGAAUUUGAUAUUGUGAAUUUAUAUUUUUGAAUAUUGAAAUUUAUAGGGUUUUAAAAUUUUUAUCGUGAGAUUUAUUUGUUCACAUAUAACUUUCAUAUAAAUUACUGUAUUGGAGUUUUGAUACCCGAACUUAACGAAGGAAACAGGAUCAUAAUAAUGGAGCCUUAUACAAGAAGAAGAUAUACAAGACUUGAGACAAUAGAAGCUAUGAAGCUUUUAUGUCUUCCAAGUUCGAACUUUGUAUCAAAAAUUCCAAAUCGUCCUGCCGGGGGAGAAAUCUAUUUAUUCCAACCUAGACUUCGUAUGUAUUUGGAUAAUUGGCGAACAGAUGGCUAUCGUUGGUCGAACAGAGGUACAUCGACUAUGUCCCUCAACAGACGCCCAGCUUUACGGAAAAGUUUCUUCUAUUUAAUGACCAAAGAAGGACAAAAAAACAAUUUUCAAAAGCAUGUCUACAGAUUACUGGACAGUGAUCAGAAAGUUGUUAUUCAUUAUAUCGGUGAUGAAAAACUGUGUACGGAUACAUCGGUUGCUCCCAGCAGAAAAAAAAGCCGACAUUCUUCGCAUUCAGUUCGAUCUAUCGUACCUUUGCCUGAACAACUUAUUAGAAAGAAAGAUUUAUUUGAAAGGAAUAAUGGACACGUUAUGAAGAAAGCAGAUAUAUAUGAGAUAAAAAAAGUCUGGGAAAAAGUGGUCCCAUCCCAAAAUAUAUACAGCAACUACCUUCUGGAUAGUCACCAUAAUGAAAGUCAGUUCGAAAGUACUGCUAGUUCACGAGGUGUCAAACGAGGAAGCAAGCGAGGACCAUACAAGAAGUCGGCACUCGAAACUCGAAAGCGUGUACUGUCUGCAGCUGAACGAGGAAAAGAUAUGAAAUCUAUUGCUACAGCACAUGGCGUUAAGAAGACAACUGCAUAUAAUUGGGUACGCAGAGAUCGUGCAUCACAUUUGCACCGUGGAGGUAUCCGUGAUAAGGUGAAGAAGAUAGAGCAUGAACAUAUCGAGUCACUUAUUGAGUGGUUAAACGAUUGUCCACAAUUAACAUUGAAGAAUCUUUGCGAACAUUUACUUUCAAAGUAUGGAUUGAUUGUGUCCGAACAAACUAUAGCCAGUCAUCUAGAUGGAAGAAUAAUUUCAUUGAAGCAAGUACAUUUAUGCCCAGAGACAGUCAACAAUCACAAAAACAAGCUUUUGAGGAAGGAGUAUAUCGAGAAUGUGAUGAAAUCAUCUGCUGAAGGAAAGUUCUUUGUAUAUAUCAGCAAGUCAAAUGUCAACCUUUUCCUUAGAAAAAGUAAAGGAGGGUUAACGAAAGGAACACGUGCAGUUGCGCAUCUGCCUUCUUCCAAAGGUCCGACUAUCCAUAUGAUUGGGGCUCUUUGUCAAGCUGGAUUGAUCGAUUUCCAAAGAAUAAGAGGAACUUACCGGAGUGACUCGUGCAGUGUAUGGGUACGAGACCUGUUGCAAAAAGUUAUUGGCAAUGGUACUUCGUGUGAACAAAUUGUGAUGGUUAUUGACAAUGCCUCUUGCCACUCGGAUUUAGAAAACGUCUUAAGUGAGUUCGAAGGAGCAACACUUCUUCGUCUUGCGCCUUAUUCACCCAUGUUAAAUCCAUUUGAGAGUGUCUGGAGUGUGAUUAAGACUCAACUCAAACAGAAGGAAGCCAAUCAGCUUUCCGAAAUGACAGCAGGUGAUCCACAAAAUGUAUUAUCAAAAUCUGAACGGAAACUUAGAUUUGUGGAAAGGUUGAUUGACGAAAGUGUAACCGUCAUAACGCCUAGUAUGUGUUUGAAUUUCGUUAAUCACACCCAGUUGUUAUUUGGACGUGCCCUCCAAAUGAAAGAUAUGCCUAUUGGUUCCAAUGAGUAUGACAAGAUUCUUGAAACUGCUUCAGAACUCUAUACAUCUAAUCAACUUCCGGUAAAAUCACAAGUGAUUAAAUCAGCCCAUCAACAAAUUACUCCUUCAUAUUCUUUAAAUAAGUUAGAUGUGGAACACCGGCGGAAAAAUCUUUCCUCCUCAGCAUCAAAAUCCAUCAAUAGCUUAUCAGAUGCAAACCAAUCAUUUUCAACACCUGCAAAAGUUCCUAAAAAACAUAACUUCUCUAAACCUUUUAUUUCAGCUGGUCAAACUCAUGUUAUUGACAAACCAGCUGCUGUUUCAUCAUCAACUACUGAUACUAGAUCCCAACCAAUAGAUUGCUCGAGUAGCUCUUCCAAAAAUCAAAGUUUUUCAUCAAAAAAUAUUCAGAAACUACAAACUGCUCCUAAAUCUGAGAAACAGUUGCAAAUGAGUCCAACAAUAGAUGUAUCUCACCAAAAAGAGAAACGUAUGCUUGUAGUUCCAAACCAUCAGUCAUCUGUUAUGUCAAACAUGUCAUCAUUAUGGAAAGCUGGUCGGUUGUGUGAUGCUUAUAUCAGCAAUGGUACAGUUAGUGUUAUGGUUCAUCAAAUUGUCUUUGGAGCUGUAUGUCCCAAAGUGUUACCUGUAUUUUACAAUGCUUUUCAUUCUGACUUGCCUGCUGUAACAUUCCCUUCCACUGUGAGUGAAGAAGCACUAUUAGCUUUCUGUGAGUAUAUGUAUGAUGGUGUGCUGGAACUAGAUAAAAACAUCCUGUCGCAAUUGAAAAUUAUUGCCCAGUGUCUUGACAUGCAGGGUUUUGAUCAGCUUUGUAACAACCAAUUAAAAAUAGCAGAAAAUUCAGUAACAGUACCAACAGAUAUGUUGGAGUCAAUACUUACUGAACCUUGCUCUUCAUCAGGACUUAUCUCAGACGUCACAAACACUCAAAUUACAUGCCAAGAUAAUUUCACUCCUGUUUCUCAAGUAAUUCCUAUCACUCUUUACAACCGUAAUCUUGAGGAAAAUUCCAAUGUACUUUCCAGCAAAUUUCCAACAGAGAUAAAAAGAAAAGUUGUGAAACAAGAAAUUUCUGAUACUAGUAAUGAACAAGAUGAUAUCAACAGUAACCAUGAAGAUGACCUGUUUAACAAACCACAAAUCAAAGUAGAACUGAUUGGUCCAGAUGAUCAUCGAUAUGGAUACCAGGACUUUUUGUCAACACAACAAGGGUCAGACAUUUCUGAUGCAGAUUUAACUCAGUCAAGCUUGCUUUCUCAUAAUACAUCUUUGGAUAACUUUGAACACAAUUCUGAUAUACAGCAAACUGAGCAAUCAUUAUUAUCAUCUUCAUCCCUCUCUCCUCAUUUCUCACUUCAUUCAGAAUCUCAUCCAGUUGGCUACAUAACUCCUACAUCAAUUCGUAGACUAGUAAGUUGUGAUAAAUUCCAACAUCUGAAAAAUUCUGAGAAUUCUAAGCCUUAUCCUGUUAGUUUGUUUAGUGCAAAUUAUGAACCAAUAUCAUUAUCUUCAUCCAACUUACAAUUAGUAAAUGUUAAAAAGAAGCAUAUAGCUAGAUGACACCAAGGAUUACUUAUACUGUGUUUCAUUUCAACAGAACAUCAUAAACAGAUACAAUUCAUUUUCUUUCUUUGUUUUAGGUAUCAUGUAUUUAUUUUGUCGCAGGUAUGAUUCUACUGCAUAAGAGAAAAGUCUGUCAUAUGGGUGGUUAUUCUCAUUUAUUCUAAGUGUAAAAAAAUAUCCAACAUAUGUAGCUUUUUAGAUUGCCAUUAGAGUUUGCAGGCUAUUUCUUUACAAUGUUGUCUUUCCUUUUGAUUUGGUAAGUGCUGCAGAAUGUCUGUAACACAGUUUUAAUAAUGUUCUUGUCUAAUUCUGUACCUAUUCAAAAGGAAAUCAUAAGUAUUUCUCUGGUGAUUCUCAAUUUGAGAAAAGAUAGCCUUUUUUUAUAAUUGUAAACGUUUUAGAAUGGAAGGUGUUGUAAUGAGGGAGCAAAAAAGCAAUUCACAUUGAAUUUAUUAAAUUAUAAAGUUGACAAAUCAUGUAUAAGACAUGAAAAACUGCAAUUUUCUUUCAGAUGGAAAUCUUUUUGUUAAUUAGAUCCCAGGAGUAUGUCAAGGCAAACAUUAAUACAUGCAUAAAAACAUUUUCAGAUAA